CGAACGAUCACUCCGGUGUGCAUGCUCUGAAAAAUCCAAAUCGCUUUGAUUUUUUUUUAUUUCGCUAUACAUUGACAAUAUUCUUUUAAUUACCACACCCAUAACCUUCCACGAGAAUGGGUCCUCAAGCCAAAAGAAGAAAGGUCGCCAGCAAAGUCGAGGAGAUCAACUUCGACGCUGCUGACCGCGAAUCAUUUCUCACAGGCUUUCGCAAGCGGAAGCAACAAAGAAUCAAACAUGCACAAGAAGUGGCAAUCAAGAAAGCGAAAGAGAUGAAGAGAGACGAGCGCAAGAGGAUUCGGGAAGAACGAACUGCUGGCUUUCAACGUGCAAUCGAAGAACAUCAGAGACAGCUCAAAAAGCUGCAGGCAGCGGAAGACGGCAGCGAUGGCUCUGAUCAGGACAGCCAGGACGAGGACGUCGAGGACCAGGAUUGGGAGGGGUUCACGGAACCCCCGGCCGUCGACUACGAAGCUGAGUAUAUCGACGAAGACAAAUAUACGACGGUAACGGUAGAGGAAAUGGAUACUUCCAAGGAAGGACUUCUGCGAUCAGCGGUCGACGAAUCAGACAUCGAAAACGAAGACUCGGAGUCAGCCUCCAAAGCAACUGCCGAACCCAACCCCUCUGCCGAACAAAGCAAGAAGCGAAAGUCGGACAACAAGCCCAAGAAGAAGAAGAAAAAGUUCCGUUACGAAAGCAAGGAAGAGCGCAAGGUAACCAGAAUGAAGGAGCGCGCAUCCAAAUCGAGGAAGGCGAACGCCCGACGCGAGCGAUCAUAAGUUCCAUGGACUUGGCUUGAAUUUAAUCAACAGAUGGUGACAAUGCAC